AAAUAGAAAAUGGUAGGAGGAAAGGAUAUUUUUAUUUUUAUUUUUAUAUUUCUUAAAUAUAUUAUCGGUGGGCCCUUUUCAUUUUUGAAACCCCAACAAAGGAGGAGAAAAAGAAAGUAACACCCAACCUUCGCUCUCUAACAAUAUCACCACAAUUUUGCAUUUGCAUUGCUUCAUUUUCAGUGCUGCCUUGUGUGUUCUCAGCUCACUGUUGAACAACUUAAGAAAACCGAACCGGAAAGCACGGUUUUUUCUUUGAACCGGGUCGUUGCGAACCCAAUAUCAUGGCAGCUCUAUUACCUUGCGCGCCGAAUAUAGUUUCUGCUCCGUUAGCGAACCGGACGACCGUGAACCGUUUCCCGCAUCGACCUCACUCACACGCUUUCUCCGGUUCGACCAAACACUUUCUUCGCGGUUCGGUUUCUGUUGUCCGGUUUGGACUCAAGUCCGGUUUGUUGCCUGAGCCGGAUGAGGCCGAAGGCGUUGUUAGGGAACUGUUUGGGCGAGUGGAGGGUCUUCUUUACACGAUUGCCGAUGCCGCCGUUUCUUCUUCCGAUGCGGCGGCGGUCACUACCACCGCCAAACAGAGCAACGAUUGGCUUUCUGGAAUUACCAAUUACAUGGAGACUAUUCUCAAGGUACUCAAGGAUGGGCUUUCUGCUUUGCAUGUCCCAUAUGCUUAUGGUUUUGCAAUUAUACUGCUCACAGUUCUUGUAAAAGCUGCCACUUUUCCGUUAACCAAAAAACAGGUAGAAUCUUCCUUGGCUAUGAGAUCUUUGCAACCUCAAGUAAAGGCUAUCCAGCAACAAUAUGCUGGUGAUCAGGAGAGAAUUCAACUUGAAACUGCUCGGUUGUAUAAAUUAGCCAACAUCAAUCCUCUAGCAGGAUGCUUGCCCACACUCGCAACAAUACCAGUGUGGAUUGGGCUGUAUCGAGCCCUUUCAAACGUGGCAGAUGAGGGACUUCUUACUGAAGGCUUUUUCUGGAUACCUUCUCUUGCUGGUCCAACUACAAUUGCAGCUCGUCAAAGUGGAAGUGGUAUCUCUUGGCUUUUUCCUUUUGUGGAUGGUCACCCUCCCCUUGGAUGGUCAGAUACAUUGGCUUACCUUGUCUUACCUGUGUUGUUGGUUGUCUCUCAGUACAUCUCUGUCCAAAUAAUGCAGUCAUCACAGGCUAAUGAUCCCAACAUGAAAAGUUCACAAGCCUUAACCAAGUUCCUUCCUUUAAUGAUUGGUUACUUUUCUCUCUCAGUGCCUUCUGGUCUUAGCCUUUACUGGUUAACAAAUAAUAUAUUGAGCACCGCACAACAAGUAUGGCUUCAAAAGUUAGGAGGUGCAAAAAAUCCUUUGCAGCAAGUCCAAAAUGAUAUCAUGACGGAUGACCUAACACAGGUUCAGAAUUCAAUAUCUAAAAUAAAUUCCACAAAAGUGGAAGAAGCCAGACCAAGCGAGAAAAAAUUGGAGGGGCCACAUCGUGGUGAAAGAUUUAAACAAAUAAUGGAGCAAGAGGCAAAGAGAAGACAACGAAGAGAUGAAGAAAAAAGGAAAGCCAUGGAAGCAGAAGCUAGAGCAACCAAAGUACAUGAGACACAUGAGAAAACAGUCGAAGGGGGAAAUCAAACUGGAGGUGAUUUAGUUGAAAAACCUGAGUCUGUGGCUUCAGAUACUGACCCCUUCAUAUCUGGAGUAGUAAACGGUAAUGGGUUAAGUUUGGAAGGAAAUCAGAAUUCUACAUCUACAUCUGAGACAGAAAAUAAUGAAGGUUCUGCUCAUUUCAAUGAUGUUGAGAGAAACAAGGAAAGUUUAGACAAGGAACCAAGAGAAGUAUUAACAACUACAGCCACCACGAACAAACAACCUCCUGUAGAAGACUCCGAUCGUGUGACGAAGGAUUGACCAACUAAAAGAGAUUCAUCUGUUUGGAUAUUGACUGGCCCAGUUGCCCUCUAUCGGUCAUAUUGGAAAUGCAUCCUCCGUUGCAAUUUGGGGUCUCCCUGGUUAACACUGUACAUUGGCACACAAAUGGCAGAAUGAAUGAGAUUCAAGGUUUCUACAACGGCUGUGAAGGAUUGGUUGGAUCUGAUGGCUGAUUUUACAGCUUUGUAGUUUUAGUUUAUAUUAUACGCUUCAUCAAUUUUCAUUAAUAAGUAUGGAUGAUUGAAUCCCUAUUAGAACGGAUGCUUCACAAUACCCUUUAUAGUCAGCUUUUCUCCUUUGAUACUACCUUUGUCACUAAUCGUUCAAUAAUGCUGGCCUGGCACUGUUCUAUACAGUGGUAGAGAUCCCGUGAUUGGAGAAUUUUCAUAAUGCGUUUUUUUCUCCUAAAAGAUCGGCUGUAACAGGACCAAAUAGUGGGCUUCUAUAUUUUAUUAUGGAAUCUUUAGGUAAUAGGUAUUUACUUGUACUAAUUUUGACGGUUUAAAAUUUUCAGAUAUUAUGCGAGUUUGUCCAAACCAUACCUUUGACGUGAAGUUAAGGUUUGGGACACUAGUUUUAGAAAGAAAGCACAUUGUGUUUUAGUGCUUUACGAUAUUUAGGGUAGCUUUUGUAUGCCAUGUUUCAUUUGUUGACGCAACUGUCCGCAUUGGACGGAUGGUUCAACACCUAUUCUGUUUCCUGUGAUUUCCUUUUUACUGUAUCUGUGUGGCCCGUUGUGUGUUCAGCACACGCACUUCUGAGGUGACGUUGCGUGUGCGCCACAGUUU